UUGGUAAUUCAAUCCAUUGACGAUACCGUUUUUUAACAUAAUUGGCAUCAGGGAAUAUUGGAGUUUUUCUGAAAUGAUCCAUGUAUAAGUAUGUAAUGUCAUACUAUGUAUAUGUGUAUAAAAUUCUGACUGUAAUGUAAACGAAAACAGAUGACUAGGUAAACAUUCCUGUAAAGUGGCAAACGAAUUGAAAUAUCGCGGUCGUUUUUAUAUUUACAAAUUGUGAAGACUUUUUUCAUAAUUCGCAAAUUUAUUUAAGUUACAAAUUGCGUUGUUAAUGUGAUACUUACCUACAGUGUAAUUAAAAAUCUUUAGUUUUAGUCUUCCAUGAGAGAGGCACGGUUAAUAACAAUAAAGAAUAACUUUUAGUUAUGGUAAAAAAAAAGGUGUAGAAAAUUUACUACAGAAACAAAAUGGCAAAUAAAGCCGUCAUUAUUUCUGGCGAAGCUCCAGAAUCCGAUGAUGAGUCCAUCAGUGGAAUAACAGGACUUGGAUUUCCCUUGAUUCUAGCUUCAAACUCAUGCGGGACUAUGAUUCAGGGGGAAGCAAAAGAAUCAGAUGAUGAAACAAAUAGCGUGAGCAGUUCAAACUACGUUAUGAAUCCCACCACUUGUUCUGCUGAAAUUAAGAGUCGCAAAAGUGAGAAGAGUUAUGUGAAGUACAACAGUUUGUUACACAAAAAGCUAAGAGAGUGUAAUAAAUCAUUGGACAAGAAUAUCAAGGAGCUGAUAAGCACUACAAUUUCUAAUGGAAUGGAAGAAUUAGCCGAAACAAACAAGCAGCUGGUGAAAAGUGAAUUGGUGUUACAAGAGACCGUUUGCAAGUUACAAACUGCUGCUAUCAGAUUUGAAGAUACUCUGAAUAAUUUAGCUGAAAUUUUGGAUGAAGGUUAUUUAAAACAUGUUAAAGUGUAACGUUGUAAUCUGUGCAUCAUAUUAAUGCAUUGCAUUUCAUCAAAUUAUUUAUAAAAAAGUUUAUGUGUAAAUAUGAAAAGUUGAUUUUUUCAUUCUACCAUUUAUGGCAUUAUGGAUUUUUACCAACUAAGAAUCAGAUAAAU